UAGAAGAUGAAAGCUCGGACACAGAAGUGAGGUCAGAGAGGCAGCGAGGCUUUGCCUUGGGGAAUGAGGAGGUCGCUCAGGCGUGGAGGUGGUUAGGCUUUUCUUUGUGGAAACCGAGGCCUGCAAGUGGGGAGUUUGCAGCAGUGGCUUCCGCCACGGUCUUCACUCCUUUCCCCUGGCACUUCCAGCGCCGCCAGCCCUGCCCUGGGCGAGGGGGCAGAGCAGGUGCAGAGGCCGCUGGUUUGCUAGAAACCUCCAAGUCCCAGCCAGAACACACCGGUCGCUCAGCGUGUUUGGCCCCAGUUGGCAACACUGGUGGCCUGGGGCAGAGCAGUACUUCCAGGGAACGCUGGAAACGCUGUUCUCUGUUUGGGGCGGGACAGAGCUUUGGCACUUUCAAGGUCCUGGCGCCUUACCCCGGCCGGGCUCUCUGUGGCUACAGAGGGCUGGGAUCAGGGUAGGUCCGCUGUGCCCCGGUGCUCCCGCGUCCUGCGCCCCAGCCGGAGCAGUUUAGAAGUUCCUGGGGACAUUCAGCCCCACACAGGGCUGAUCACGAACUCUGGAGAGGGUCUCCAGCGCCGCGACCACCUAGGUUUGGCCCAGGGUGCCGGAGCACAAAGGAACGGCAGUCCAGACACGUCCUCUCCGGGCCUCGUGGGCGUGAGCUGUUGUGGACCCGCCUUUAGACCUCGGCGUGGACGGCCACGCGUGGACCAGCGUGGACCAGCGUGAGAGAACCACAGAGGGGCUCACUGCCCCGGCGCACACGGUCCAGCCGGCGCCGGCGCGGGCCAAGAGCCCAAAUUAGGGAGAGAAGGCAAAAUGACCAGCUCCCCGUUCCUGGAUCCCUGGCCCUCCAAGGCCGUGGCCAUCCGUGAGAGCCUGGGCCUUGGGGACCAUCCCAAUGACUCCUACUGCUACAACUCCGCGAAAAACAGCACUGUGCUCCAGGGGGUGACCUUUGGGGGCGUCCCCACCGUCCUGCUCAUAGACGUCAGCUGCUUUCUGUUUUUAAUCCUGGUGUUUUCCAUCAUAAGGAGAAGAUUCUGGGACUAUGGCCGCAUAGCCCUGGUAUCAGAAACAGGCAGUGAGGCGAGAUUCCAGAGAUCGUCGUCUUCCUCCUCAGGGCAACAGGAUUUUGAAAAUGAGCUGGGAUGCUGCCCUUGGCUGACGGCCAUCUUCCGCCUGCAAAAUGACCAGAUCCUGGAGUGGUGUGGGGAGGACGCCACCCACUACUUGUCCUUCCAGAGGCACAUCAUUUGCCUGCUGGUGGUGAUCAGCUUCCUGUCCCUGUGUGUCAUCUUGCCUGUCAACCUCUCAGGAGACCUGCUGGAUAAAGACCCUUACAGCUUUGGGAGGACGACGAUCGCAAACCUGCAGACGGACAAUGACCUCCUUUGGCUGCACACUGUCUUCUCCGUCAUCUACCUAUUUCUCACCGUGGGCUUUAUGUGGCAUCACACACGGUCUAUCAGAUACAAAGAGGAGAGCCUGGUGAGACAGACCCUGUUUGUCACAGGACUGCCCAGAGAAGCCAGAAAGGAGACUGUGGAGAGCCACUUCCGGGAUGCGUAUCCCACGUGUGAGGUGGUGGAUGUCCAGCUGUGCUACAGUGUGGCUAAGUUGAUGUACCUGUGCAAAGAGAGAAAGAAGGCUGAAAAGAGCCUCACCUAUUACACAAACCUGCAGGCAAAGACAGGCCGGCUGACCCUCAUCAACCCCAAGCCAUGCGGACAGUUCUGCUGCUGCGAAGUGCAGGGCUGUGAGCGGGAAGAUGCUAUUUCUUACUACACCCGCAUGAAUGACAGCCUGCUGGAGAGGAUUACGGUAGAGGAGUGCCGGGUCCAGGACCAGCCCCUAGGGAUGGCCUUUGUCACCUUCCGUGAGAAGUCCAUGGCCACCUACAUCCUGAAGGACUUCAAUGCCUGCAAAUGCCAGGGCCUUCGGUGUAAAGGUGAACCCCAGCCGUCCUCCUAUAGCAGGGAGCUCUGUGUCUCCAAGUGGACUGUCACCUUCGCCUCCUACCCUGAGGACGUCUGCUGGAAGAACCUGUCCAUCCAGGGUGUCCGCUGGUGGCUCCAGUGGCUGGGCAUCAACUUCACGCUGUUUGUGGUGCUGUUUUUCCUGACCACACCCUCCAUCAUUCUGUCUACCAUGGACAAGUUCAAUGUCACCAAACCCAUCCAUGCACUGAACAACCCCGUCAUCAGCCAGUUCUUCCCUACGCUCCUGCUCUGGUCCUUCUCAGCCCUGCUUCCGUCCAUUGUCUACUAUUCCACCCUGCUGGAGUCUCACUGGACGAGGUCGGGGGAAAACCGGAUCAUGAUGUCCAAGGUCUACAUCUUCUUGAUCUUCAUGGUGCUGAUCCUGCCCUCUCUUGGCCUGACCAGCCUGGACUUCUUCUUCCGGUGGCUCUUUGACAAAACUUCCUCAGAUACCGCCAUCAGGUUGGAGUGUGUCUUCCUGCCAGACCAGGGAGCCUUCUUUGUGAACUACGUCAUCGCCUCGGCCUUCAUUGGCAGUGGCAUGGAGCUGCUGCGGCUGCCCGGCCUCAUCCUCUAUACCUUCCGCAUGAUCAUGGCCAAGACGGCGGCCGACCGCAGGAAUGUUAAGCAGAACCAGGCCUAUGAGUACGAGUUUGGAGCCAUGUAUGCAUGGAUGUUGUGUAUCUUCACCGUCAUCAUGGCCUACAGCAUCACCUGCCCCAUUAUUGUGCCAUUUGGCCUCAUCUACAUCCUGCUCAAGCAUAUGGUAGACCGGCACAACCUCUACUUUGCUUACCUCCCGGCCAAGCUGGAGAAGAGGAUCCACUUUGCUGCCGUGAACCAGGCCUUGGCUGCUCCCAUCCUCUGUCUCUUCUGGCUCUUCUUUUUCUCCUUCCUCCGUCUGGGUCUGAAGGCCCCCGCCACUCUGUUCACCUUCCUGGUGGUACUGCUCACCAUUCUAGCCUGUCUGCUCUACACCUGCUUCGGAUGCUUCAGGCACCUCAGCCCAUGGAACUACAAGACAGAAGAAUCAGCAAGUGACAAAGGAACUGAAGCAGAGGCCCAUGUGCCCCCGCCAUUCACGCCCUACGUGCCUCGGAUUCUGAAUGGUUUGGCCUCGGAGAGGACAUCGCUUUCCCCGCAGCAGCAGACCUACGGUGCCAUCCGUAACAUCAGUGGGACACUUCCUGGGCAGCUGGCAGCUCAGAAUCCUAGUGACGGUGUGGCCCCUGCCUACCAGGAAUCCUGAAGCAGGCAACCUUGUGCUCUGGCCAGCCCAGAGCAUCCUGCAAGACUGAGGGACACAAGUGGCCAGAGCCCCAGAGAGGCUCCGGAGUCUUUCUUGUUUAAAGCUCCUGUCUUGUGAGAAGAGGGCACCAGGCCCUUGACUGAGGGUAUAGGGUAGGGCUGCUGUCCCUAAGAGCCACCUGUAGGCUUCUUUUCUGAUCCUAGUGGGGGGACCUACCUGCAGCAGCUCUCUCCCUCGUAUGCUCAUACGAGGGCGUGCACUUUUAUUCCCCCAUCCUGCUAAGUCUGCUAAGCUACAGCUCUGUAAUGGGGAUGAUGUCCCUAAUGGUUUGUGGCCAAGAUCACUCGCUGGAAUUUUGUCUUUAGGGUGAUCAGAUUUGGAGACUAUGGGUUGAUGGGGAGAUGUGUCCAGAACAGACCUGGUCCCUCUGAGCCCAGCUUAGCCUCUGCAAGCUGAUGCGUAGCCAAUGACUAGCGAGCCUGCAGCAGUUGGGUCUGAGCGCCUGCCUGCGGGGUCCUACAAUCCCCCAGCCCACAGCUCCUUCUCAGGGAUCGGCAGAUAGUUGUAGGGACCAGGAAAUACCUUGACCUUGCUGCCGGCAACAGGGCAGCAGGCUCCUGCCAACUGGCUGUGUAGCCGCCCUUGUUCCUGUUGUGCAUCUGAAUUUUUGUAUCCUGUUACCUGAGACUGUGACCUGGGUCACCCCGCAGCAGGCAGGAACACUGAGAACUGUUAAUAAAGUGCCUCCGGGCUGGUGGCAUGAUCUCA